CGCACUGAACGCGCACAUCCGUGUCAACCAGCCAUGGGGAAGAUCACCUUCUACGAGGACCGGGGCUUCCAGGGCCGCCACUACGAGUGCAGCAGUGACUGUCCCAACCUGCAGCCCUAUGUCAGCCGCUGCAACUCGGUGCGUGUGGACAGCGGCUCCUGGAUGAUCUAUGAGCAGCCCAACUACCAGGGCCGCCAGUACUUCCUGCGGCGCGGGGACUACCCGGACUACCAGCAAUGGAUGGGCAUCAACGACACUAUCCGCUCCUGCUGUCUCAUCCCACAGACGAGCUCCCACAGGCUGCGGCUGUAUGAGAGAGAGGACCACAAAGGCCUCAUGGUAGAGCUGAGCGAGGACUGCUCCUGCAUCCAGGACCGCUUCCACCUGAGUGAGGUCCGCUCCCUCCACGUGCUGGAGGGCUGCUGGGUCCUCUACGAGAUGCCCAACUACCAGGGGCGGCAGUACCUGCUGAGGCCCCAAGAAUACAGGCGGUACCAUGACUGGGGGGCUGUUGAUGCUAAGGCAGGCGCUUUGCGGAGGGUGGUGGAUUUAUACUAA